AGAUGUCCAAUAAUAAUGACAACGGUCACAGUGAAUCAUCCAAUGGGAAUGGUGUAAACUUUUCCGAUGAGACGGACUGCGGAUUGACCAUGAAAACAUCAUUAAAAUCAUUAUCCUCGCUGGACACAUGUAUACCAUCAUCGCCAACAAAAAGCUCAUCCUUGAAGCGAAAUACCAGUUAUGGAAAACUGAUGCCAGCCGAAACAAAGGAGACGCGAGUCAGGGUUAUAUACACAGGCGGUACGAUUGGCAUGGUCCGAAAUGAGCGAAAUGUUUUGGCUCCCAUGCCAAACGCUUUGGUAAAAAGGAUUCGAAAGUAUCCCAAUAUGCAUGAUGAGGAAUAUGCCCAGAAACGAUUUGGUCCAUCUGCGUCAAUGGCUCCGCUUGUCCUGCCCUAUGUUCAGGAUGAAAGUAAUCGUGUUCUUUACCAAAUAACAGAGUACAGUCCACUGUUGGAUUCAAGUAAUAUGACAAUGAAUGAUUGGGCGAGAAUUGCAAAGGAUAUCCAGCAAUCGUAUGAAUUCUUCGACGGCUUUGUGGUUUUGCAUGGCACUGACACACUGUCCUACUCCGCAUCGGCGCUAUCGUUCAUGUUGGAAAAUCUGGGAAAAACUGUGAUAAUUACUGGGUCUCAAAUACCCAUAUUUGAGACUCGAACAGACGGCAAGGAUAAUUUUACAUCAGCGCUUAUUAUAGCUGGAAAUUACGUGAUUCCCGAAGUUUGUGUUUUCUUCGGCAAUAAACUAAUGCGCGGAAAUCGCACCGUCAAAGUGAGUUCAAAUUCUCUGGAUGCCUUUGACUCUCCCAAUGUACCACCGCUCGCACGCAUUGGCAUCAAUGUGGACAUUGACUAUCGCCUUAUAUUUAGGCCCUGCAAAGUUUCGCGUUUCAACGUUCAUCUGCAAUUGGAUGAGAAUGUCGGUAUUCUGCGUAUAUUUCCCAGUAUCUCAACCUCAACUUUUCGGGCAUUUUUGGCACCACCCAUGAAGGGAGUUGUAUUGCAGUCUUUCGGUUCCGGAAAUGUACCAGCCAACCGCAAAGACCUAUUGGACGAGCUCAGGGACGCGUGUAAUCGUGGUGUUAUAAUUGUGAACUGUACACAGUGCCCAACAGGCUCAGUGGCCGAAAUCUAUCAAACGGGCAAAGUACUUUUCGACAUGGGCGUUAUUCCCGGUUUUGAUAUGACACCGGAAGCAGCAUUGACUAAAUUAUCGUAUGUUUUGGGAAAAACUGAAUGGUCACUAGAAGUCAAGAAACAAAUGAUGCAAUCCAAUCUUAGGGGUGAACUAACAUCUAACGCAGGCCCAAAAAUGGAAGAAUAUGAUUUGGUGGAUGCUGUGGCCAGAUCAUUGCACCUUUCCUCGCCUGAGGAACUAAGUCAACUUGGUGCGACACUCUUUCCUGCCAUGGUUAAUGCUGCUGUUGCAGCAGGUGACAUUCAAAAACUUAAUAAUCUCAAGGCUUAUGGUGCUGACUUGUCUGGUGUCAACCAGGAUAAUCGCACGGGCCUGCAUUUGGCUUGCCACAAAGGCAAUUUGGCUGUAGUAAAUCAUUUAUUGCUUAAUGGAGUUUCCGUACACAUAAGGGACAUUCACGAACGGACACCUCUCUUGGAGGCGGUAACCACAGAUAACCAUGAAAUUAUCAAUUUGCUCAUAACCUGUGGUGCCCAUUUGACUGGAUCCUCGAGAGCUGUUGGUGAGCAGUUGUGUGCGGCAGCAGCGAGAGGUUCACUUUUACGACUUCAGUCCUACCAGCUGGCUGGUGCGGACCUUUCACAACCCGAUCCCUCUGGACGAACGGCGCUUCAUGUCGCCGCCCAACAUGGUUAUGAGGAAAUUGUUAGAUAUCUCCUUGAUUAUACCGAUAAUCUAAAAGAAACCGAUAUGUUGGGGCUUACAGCGUUAGAUUAUGCCGAACGUGCCGAUCAGCAACAUAUUGUUGAUAUACUUAGCAGUCAAAUGAAUGGCGAUUAA